AUGACGGAGGUUGAAGAAGAAGAAGAAGAGACGAUGGCACCAACGCCAACGCCGCUCUCUUCGAAUACUCCUCCUCUUCCUUCUCCCUCGACGACGACGACAAAAGCCGGGAAAGAACAACCAAAACCGAGACUGGUUAUAAAAUCCAUGGUCUUGGAGAAUUUCAAGUCCUACGCGGGGGCACAACACGUCGGUCCGUUCCAUAAGGUGAGCACAUCUUUUCUAGAGUCUUCUUUUGUCGGUCAAUCGUCGUUUUGA